AUGUCUGAAGAAUCUAUUAAAGUUGCUGUACGUGUACGUCCAUUUAAUCAACGGGAAAAAGAUCGGAAUGCAAAACUUAUCAUUAAAAUGCAUGGACAAUCAACAUUUAUUAGUGAUCCAAAAUUAUCACAAGACGAAGCAAAACAAUUUUCAUUUGAUCAUUCAUAUUGGUCUCAUGAUGGUUUUACAGAACUUCCUACAGGAAUAUUGGAACCUAGUAGUUCUUCAUCACCAUAUGCUUCGCAACAAAAAGUUUUUGAUGAUCUUGGACGUGAUGUUAUAAAAAAUGCAUUUGACGGUUUUAAUUGUUCAUUAUUUGCAUAUGGUCAAACAGGUUCCGGAAAAAGUUAUUCAAUGAUUGGCUAUGGUGCUAAUCGUGGAAUCAUUCCAAUUGCAUGCGAUGAAUUAUUUCAGCAAAUAGAAAAAACAAAAAACUCAUCGACUCGUUAUGAAGUUGGUGUAUCUAUGAUGGAAAUAUACAAUGAACAAGUUCGAGAUUUAUUAACUCAAGAUUUUCCUAAAGGAGGGCUUAGUAUUCGACAACAUCCGACAUCAGGUUAUUUCUAUCCGCAAGGUCUUCGAGUUGUACCUGUAGGUAGUUAUACUGAUAUUGAACAUCGUAUUUCUGAAGGUACACAAAAUCGAACGAUAGCUGCAACAAAUAUGAAUGCAACAAGUAGUCGUGCACAUACAUUGGUUACAAUAUAUUUCGAUCAAUUCAUUAAAGAUGUACAUGGUGAUACAAAAAAGACAAGUGUUAUUAAUCUUGUUGAUUUAGCUGGUUCGGAAAGAAAUUCUAGUACAGGAGCAACUGGAGAUAGAUUAAAAGAAAGUACAAAUAUUAAUAAAUCAUUAUCAACAUUAGGAAAUGUUAUAUCAGCAUUAGCUGAUAUAUCAUCAGGAACAAAACGAAAAAUUGUUGUACCUUAUCGAGAAUCCGUAUUAACAAAAUUACUUCAAAAUGCACUAGGUGGCAAUAGCAAAACGGUUAUGAUAGCUGCUUUAUCACCAGCGGAUGUUAACUUUGAUGAAACAUUAGGUACAUUACGUUUUGCUGAUCGUGUUAAACGUAUUAAAAAUACAGUCGUUGUUAAUGAAAAUCCAAUGGAAAAAUUAGUUCGUGAAUUAAAAGAAGAAAAUGAUCGAUUAAAAUUAUUGAUUGAUACAGGAAAAUAUAAUCUACAAUUAGAAAUUCAACCUGGUAUGACAAAUCAAGAUAUUGAAUUAAUGAGAAAAGAGAUGGAAGAAGAAAUUCGUUCACAAAUACAAGCGAAUCAACAGAUUUUACAAAAUUCGAAGACAUCCUGGGAUCUAAAGCUUAAACAAGCUCAAUCAAAUGAUAAACAAUCUUCGAUUCCAUUAGACAAAAAGAUUCCAUGUCUUGCUAAUUUAAAUGAAGAUCCCAUGUUAUCUUAUGUUAUUUGCCAUUGUUUAAAUACAGAUGAAAUUACAAUUGGUAAUCGAAAUUCAAAAAUAUGUUUUAAUGGUUUAAAUAUCCUUGAACAUCAUGCUAUUAUUCGACGUGUAAAUUCGACUAGUCAUGAAUUAAUUCCAGGUGAAUCUGGUUCGAAAAUAAAAGUCAAUGGAUAUAAUUUAAAUGGAGCAACAAAACUUCAACAUAAAGAUCGUAUUUUAUUUGGUGCAAGUCAUGUUUAUGUAUAUUUAAAUGUACUAAAUGAAAAAGAAUCAUCAGAAGAUUUACCAGCUGUAAUAACAUGGGAAUUUGCGCAAAAAGAAAUAGCUAAAGCAAAAGGCUAUUCAUUAGGAAAUAAUUUAACUGUUGAACAAGAAGAAAUUCAAGAAAAGAUUCUAAGUUUAUUACCAUUAUUAUCAGAAAUAAAUGCAAUAAGUGAAGAACUUAAUAAAUAUCGUGUAUUUGAAACUGUUCUUAUGCCAAUUUCAUCAUGGGUUGGUGUAGUAGUCAAAGGAUCCAAGAUAAUGAUUAAAAUGAAAAAUCUACUUAAUCAAAAUGUUUGGUAUUGGGAUGAUGUGAAAUUUGUUAAUCGAAGUUUUAUUAUUAAAGAACAUUAUCAAAAAUUUUUAGAUGGAGACGAAGAAAUUUUAUAUAUCGCGAAAGAAGAUGAUCCAUUUUGGGAACCUGUUGAAGAUCUUUUACUUGGUACCGCUAAUGUAUUUCUUCAAAGCUUAGCUUAUUCACUUGAUUUUGCUGAUGAGAUUUGUAUCGUAGAUUAUAAGGGUUUGGAACAAGGUCGUUUAAGUAUUAAUCUUUGUCCAUGUUCACCGAAUGGUAAAGUAUUAAAUGAAGAACAUUUUGUUGAGCAACCUGAAGAACUUCUUGAUAAAUCAUAUAGUUUUAAAAUAUUUAUGCGUUUUAUUGAAAUAAAUGAUGAACGUUAUAAUAAAGGUCUACGAAUACGUUACAAAGUUUUCAAUGAAUUAGAAUUCAGUGAAACAAAUGUUAUUUGUCGUCAUACCGUAUGUGCUAAUAUCAAACAAUCACGCAUUAUUACAAUACCAAAUGUUGAUAAUAAUUGGUUAGAUUUUUUUGAAAAUGGUUGUAUUAUAUUUCAAGUACUUGCUGUACAAGAAGAAAGUAAACCAGAUACUGGUUUAUUGAAAAUGACAACUCGAGAUUUAAAAAAAAUUGAACAAAAACAAGAUAAUACAAAUUUAUUACCAGUUAAUCAUUCAAAUUCAACUUUACCCGGUGAUUCAAAAUUAAAAUCAGAAUUAACACUUCUUCAUCGAAAAUAUACUCGUCUCGAACAAAAAGAAAAACGUAUUCAACAAUUAUGUCGUGAAUGGGAAACUAGUCAUGAUUAUCACAAAUUUUAUAAGACACUUUCAGCUAUUGCCUUUAGUUCAGGAACAAAAUUAAAAACAACAACAGCAGCUUGGGAUGAACAUUAUCGAAAAUUGGCACUUAAACAAAGACGUGAAUCUCAUGUAGAUCGUUUGGGUGCCAGACGAUCAUCACAUGGUUCAGUAGUAAACAAUAGUGUUCAUAUUUCAUCAGCCAAUAUUACUGAUAUAAAUCAAAAUAUUUCACAAACUCAUAAUCAAUCAUCAUCAGCAGUAUCAAAUUUUGAUGGAAGAUCAGCAUCCGUACAACAAAAACUAUCUCAACAAGAAUCUGUCAACGAUCUUCCAAUGACAAAUCCGAAACCAACAAAUAAAUUUAUUCACACUAAUAGUACAACAAAGCCAGAAAAAAUGGGUAGUGAGAAAAGUUCUACCAGUUGUACAAUUCAAUAA